AAAAAGGAUCGGCUUGUCAAAUUUUGCCCUCAAUGUCGAAUUAUGUAAAAGUGUGAAAGAAAUUGAUAAAAUUCAAAUAAAAGGCCCUUUAGCCUAUUAGCGGUGUAAACGUCUGUAGGCUUUCUAGAAACACAAUGGCUAAAGAUAAACCUAAUCCGUGUGCGGCUACCGAUGACCAGUUUUCGCAGAAGAUAGACAUGUGCCUCACGGAUGCAGUCGUGAAGACUGGUUCAGGUUUGCUCCUAGGUGCACUAACUUCAGUACUCUUUUUAAAAAAGAGGAGAUGGCCCCUAAUUGCCGGGAUGGGGAUGGGUGUCGGGUUAGCCUGGGCUCACUGUGAACAUGACCUCAAUCCCCCUAAAUUCAAACAAGAAAAGAAAUAGGAAUACUAUUUAAAUAGUUCUAAUUAUCAGAUAAGGGCUCACAAGUAAAUCAUGUGCAGAUCAAAUGCAUUUAGUGGUACGCUAAUUUGAUGGAGUCCCAAUAGAAGAUUUAUUGUUUUGAAAAUGUUAUAAUUUGUGUUAAUGUACAAGCAAUUAUUUAUACAA